AUGGCUGCGCUAACGAAAAAUUAUUUCAGACGGUACACUCUGAGGGAGCUUGAGGCGGCCACCAAUGGGCCCUGUGAAGAGAAUGUGAUUGGGGAAGGUGGGUAUGGGAUUGUUUACAGUGGGAUUCUCAGUGAUGGGACUAAAGUCGCUGUUAAGAACUUGUUGAAUAACAGGCAAGAUUUGAUGAGAAAUUUUGGUUUUCUAAUUGGCCAUGGAUUGGAAUUCCUAAACCUUGCUAAAACAGGAAAGCUCAAAACUAAAAAUAGAAGGGUAGACAUGGAUCGAAAGAGAAAGAGGAAGAUUGUGACAACUCUAGUAGAUCAUGGCACUAUUGAUACCAUUGCCACAUCCGACCGAUGGUCUGUAUGGAGGGAUAAUUUGGCUACUGAGAUGUUUAAUGAGUGGAUGGGAAAUAGAGCAACAUAA